AUGGAUUCUUUACCUGUUGAGCUCCUCGAAGCUAUCGUUCAAGACAUCUCUCCUGGCCACACCCUCUUACAGGCUCGACUGUUGAACAGGACGUUUUGUGCGAUGGUCACGCCACUCGCAUUUAAACGGGUUAAUGUCACCAAUACACCUGAGAGCGCAGAGGCAUUCAGUAAUAUUGUACGAUCCAAGACGCUAGCAUGCCUCGUUCAAGAAAUUUUCUUUCGAGAAGCCUAUUCAGUUUCAAAAGAAGAAGGUCUCGAAGCCUUAGAGAACUCUCUCACUUCGUCAUUCUCCUACCUUCGCCGCCUUCCCUUGAUCAAGUGUCUGUCACAAUUUUACUCGCCGAGUCCAUGGGCACUUCAAAUGGCCAUCCUCCGCGGAAUUUCAGUCCAAUUGCCUUUAGCUACGCUCACUUCUCUCACCAUCAAUGGCUUGUUCGCAUAUCACGGCCCACAGUAUGACACACCUGAUUUUCAGAACCUCUUCCGCGGACUCGAUGCUAUCCGUAUCUCACCAUCUUGGGGAUUGGAGCCUCCACCGCCACACAUUCGGCCUUCAUUUGUUUUUUUUUGGGAGCACACAAUGCAGCUUCGCGUUCUCAGCCCUCUCGCCUCGUUCUCUCGCUCUCUCACGUCGUUCACUCUGCACAGUAAUCUGGACGUCGGCGUUGUCCCUCGAGUUGAUUUUUCUCAGCUGGACUUUCCUGCGCUCGCGUCCUUGUCAUUGCAGAUGAUUUUGUUCAACGAGGAAACUCACGUCGAAGACUUCAUCGUGCGACACAAACUCACGCUGAAGUCGCUGCAUCUUGCGCAAUGCCACAUCGCAUCCUAUAGCGUUUUGGAAGGGCCGCCGCAGGUCUGGUCUCAGAUAUGGACUCAUUUCGCAGACGAGCUUGAGGCAUUGGUUCAGCUAUCGGUGGAACCCGGCCACAACGCCAACCAAGUCCGGCCACACCAUUCCUCUUAUGUGCACCUCGACGAGCGAGCCGGCCACUCAUAUCUGCGAGUGGACGAGAAGACGUCGGCGGAAGAUGAUAUGGCCGAGCGCAUGUUCCACGAAGUGGUUCGUUCGAGGCGACACAAACUGACAAGUCAAGAAUACAUGGUGUAA